UUCUAAUUCAUGUAAACUUGUUAAGUAAUAACCAACCGUGGUAGUAAAAAUUACGAUACGGUAGAAGUUGGGGUACGGGAAUAAGUUACGUCUUCUUGGGAGAUUUUUUAUUGUAGAGAAAAUGGCGUCUCUCGCAAGAGUCCGUCUUUUAAUGAGAAAUACCGGUACAUUUAGAAAUUCAAUCAGACAAACGUGCUUACGAAGUGCCAUUACACAACUUCAAUUAAAUGAACGAUUUUUUCACUGUAAUAGACAAAAUAUCAUCACCCAUGUACCGCAGGGCACACGAGUCAAGCAGGUGCGUCAGUACAGUCAUGCUGCACCAUUAUCGCUUGAUCUUAUUCGCCAGCGUGUACUAUUAGUACUCAAUCUCUAUGAUAAAGUUGAUCCUCAGAAGUUAUCUUUGGACUCUCAUUUUAUCGACGAUCUUGGUUUGGACUCCUUAGAUCACAUAGAAAUUAUAAUGGCCAUGGAAGAUGAAUUUUGCUUUGAAAUACCAGAUAUGGAUGCAGAGAAACUUUUACGACCUAGGGAUAUAGUACGUUACGUUGCCGAUAGGGAGGAUGUUUACGAAUAAAUAUUCACAUAAUAUAAGUUAUCUCAUUAGACAAGUUUUUUUAUUUUUAAAAUCAUUAUAUUAGAAAGUAAAAGUUAGAUUUUACUUAUUCUGUAUAUAAUAUAAAUAUAAUAAAAAUAAAAUGAAUCACUAGAUUGAAUUUUAAAUUA